AUGUCUAAAAGAAAUGAAAUACGUCCUGUAACUGGCACGCAAAUUUCGAGGAAAAUGCUUUCGUUCAAGAUAGUUCUUUUGGGCGAAUAUUCAGUUGGAAAAUCUAGUCUGGUAAAUAGAUUGGUAAAAGACCAAUUUAACAAAAUACCAAGUACCAUCGGUGGUAUGGUUUUUAAAUAUUUAUCAUUUAUAUAUAACUAUUACAUAUAGUUCUCACACGUUAAUAUUUCUUUUCAUCAGCUGCAUAUUGCACCUUUACAAUACAAAUAAACAAUACACCUGUCAAAUUAGAAAUUUGGGAUACGGCAGGCCAAGAACGAUUUCAUGGUUUAGUACCAAUGUAUUAUAGGCAUGCUCAAGCUGCUAUUGUAGUGUACGAUGUAACAAACAGAGUGGGUAAAAUCUAUCUAAUACUUGUGAUUUGUCCAUUAACCAUUGUAAUUAUUUCUUUAGUACCAGGGAAGAAGGGCUUAAUAUGUCAGCAUUUUUUUUUUUUUUUUUUAUAUAUAUAUAUAUAAUUUCGAUUUAUAUAAUUUUUCCUGUUUAUUUUUGGUUUUAAUGACAUAAGUAUAAGUGUAUGUGUAUUCUUACACGUGUUAUACUGAAAAUUAAAAUAUCUUAAGUCACUACGAUGUACUUUUAGGCUGACAAAAAGUCAUAAUUUGUGUUUAUUUUAUAACAAUUUUGUCUAGCCAUUUACCUAGUAAUUUUCAACAUUCGACUUGCUUGUAUUGGAAAUUAUACAAAAUCGACUUAAGCCAUUUUUUCCAUUGACAAAAGAUUUAUAAGCUUGUAUUAAAUAUUUAUAAUACAUAUACAUUAUUUUGAUGUUAUUGGUUUUUUAAAACGUAGGUUACAUUUGAAAAUGCUAAAAAAUGGACGUUAAAACUCCAAAAUCAGAUUCCGGGAAUCGUAACGAUGUUAGUCGGAAAUAAGAUUGAUUUAAUUAGUGAUAGAAGCAUUCAGACGGAGGAGGUCCAGACUUUCGCGGACGAAAAUUAUCUACUGUUUAUGGAAACGUCGGCGAAAAUUAAUUUUAAUGUUGUGGAUGUCUUCAGAGGAAUUGGUAUAUAAUAUAUACGUAUAAUGCAAUAUAAUCAACUUAUCCCUGGGAGAAAGGAUUUUUUAAUUUUUUUUUCUAUCAAAAAUCUUACUGCAAUCGAGAAACCGAAAAAGAACUAUUUUGUAGCAAUUUAGAUGUAGUUUGUGCAUUGAGGAGGUGAAUUUUUGAUUUUCCUAGUAGAUUUUAUAAUAAUUGGGAAAAAGCAUAGCUCCCCACACCAACUACCAAUUUCUUAAACUAUAAAUUAUUAUUUUCACAUAUUCAAUUUUUUUUAUGUCUGUAAACAACUUUUUUAUCAGACAUUUUGCCCCCAUAUAUAGAGUGUAACACUUUUUAUGAAAGGUAAUUUUGUCUAGUUAGUGCAUUAAAGACGUCAAUUUUUGUUUUUCUUUGGUGUUUUCAAAAUAAUUGAAAAAAAUCUAAAAGAAAGUUAUAGGUAAAACGGCAAAUAUUUACAGUGCGCCAUGGCGUUAGGUUAGGUUAUACUAUUAUUACAUGGGCACAGUGGCCUUAUCAGGAAUUUCUAGUGAGGGGGAGGGGGUUGUUAGUAAUUUCUAGAAAAAUAUGUAAAGGGUUAUCAGUGCACACCCCUCUAUUUUUGACAUUUAAUAUUAUUUUUGGUUAUCAUAAUAUAUAUAAAAAAAUAACAAUAUAAAAUGAAUGCACUUUUUAUUUUUAAUAUUUUAUCAAUAAUUUUUUGGUGCAAUAAAUAUAUUUACAUUGUAAUUUUAAAUAUAAACUAUACGAUGCGACAAUUAAUUUUCACAUCCUUUACAAAUUUAAAACGACCAAAAAAACAACCAAUUUCUAAUCAAUACAUUAAGCUUUUUCUCGGAAAUAUCGGCCGAAAUUUAUUAGUUUUGAUAUUAGAUUACUCAUAUUUUGUUGUAUUUUUAAGCCAAUGUGAAGAUAUAGCACUUAUCCUCCCCCCCUGGGCACACCAAUGGGUGUUGCAGCCGCUACACCAAACAUAUAGGUUUGGCGUCUCUGUAUUUGAUAACCAACUAUUAUUUGCAUUUUAAUACCGUUGUUAAUGUUGAUGUGAAUGUGAUUUAGCUGAAGAACUCAUACAGACCAAAACGCUGCUGUCGAAGGAGACUGAAAAAUGUCGGCUACUGGAUAGAUCUGAAGAUCGAAGAGGAAGCUGUUGUAAGUGAUAAUAUUACAUGCGCACAGCCCUAUAAUAAGUUGUAUUUAUUUAAGUAUAAAAUAAUUCGAUUACAUUUUAAUUAUUGUCGAUUAAUGUACGCGACAUUAAUAUCAUAAGUAUUACUACCUCUAUAUUGUUAAUAAACCUUCAAACAUAUAUUCGCACACCAUUUUUGUAAUAUAGUAUUAAUUAAUUAUCAAUAUUACAAUAAAAAUAGUUUAUACCCAUACAUUUUUUCACGGAUAUUACUUAAUAACUUUUUCAUAUUAUAUGAGUACUAAAGUAUCCAUUCUAUUAUGUAUAGCUGGUGCUUAAUAUUUUUAAAAACGCAGGUUUUUUUUUUCUUCUUAAUGCAAUCGUCUUGACAAUAAUAUUAUUGAUAGAUGUCCAGUGAUAAAAAUUAAAAAAAAAAAAAAACAUAUACCUGCAUACAUAUUAUAUUAGUCUUGCUCGAAAAGAUGUGUUAAGAAUAAUAUAAAAUACUGUCGAUUAUUUUACUGGGGUAAAUCUAAAAUUGUACAAUUUAAUACAAAUAAUAUAAUGUAAUAUUUACGAUUAUUAUAUUACAUUAUUAUCGUUAAUAAUAAUAUUUUAUUGAAGAUCGGACAUUAUUUCUUUAGUAAAUUGUGAGUAAUGCGAGUAUAAACUAAACAAUAGUUUAAAUAUUAUAUUACGGGAUUAAGAUAACGCAAUACCAUCAAUAAAAUAAAUUACGGGAGGAAAAAUAGAUUGUUGGAUGGUUGAGAAGGAAAUAAACAUACGCGUGGUGUUAUAAAAGAACCAUCUAUAUCGCGUCUAUAUUAUACAAUUUGUUACUGUCGUCGCAAUAAGCCAUCAUAAACUAUUAUGAAUUAUUUUAACUGAAUUAUGAAUAAAUAAUUAUCGAUUAUUAUUAAUGUGUAUCUAAUAUUAUAUUUUUGUUGACUUGUGAAUGUUAUGAUUUCGUAUGAAUAAUACGCUAUUGAUCAAUACUCAAUAAACACCCGACUCGGAAAUCUUUGAUCAUAAAAAUAAACGAAAACAUGACCAACAGCAGAAUUUUAUCUGUUCCGUCUCCAUUCAUCAAACAUAACAUCAGCUGUUCGGCGACAUUAUUGAUGGAUAUUAUAUUUGUGUAUACCUAUAACGAUUAUUAUUAAUGUUUAUUUUUGUUAUACUUUCUAUUAAAUGCGCAAUUUCAAAACUUUUAAUAUUUUCAUUUAACUUAGAGCAGAACAAUAAUAACAAUCAAUUGGUUUUAUCAUUGAAAGGGGGUGACAUUUUUUUUUUUUUUUUUUAAUGUAUUUGGUUUAUAAAUAAAUAGAUAUUAAAAUAUAAAUACUGUGGAACCUCGAUAAGUCGAAAUUUAUGAGAAAUGCAAUUUUUUAUUACAUAUACGGUAAAUUAUAUUAUAAUUAGAUAUAGCUAGUUGAUACACCAAAUACAAUUUUUUUUCAAAUAACGGUGCAACGAUUUCAUUAUUUAAAAUUUGUAAAGCUUAUGUUUUCAACUAAAACUAUUGGUCCAAUAGAAAAACAAUAAUAAGAGAUAUAUUUUAAAAAUAAAACGUUUUCAUAAAUACUGAUAAUAUUUAUACAAAAAUGUUUCGUAAUCAUAUUUCAGUAAUUGUUUUAUAGAUAACGUCAAUAAUUUAGCUUAUAUUUAGAAAAUCUCGUUACUUUACUAUCGCACUUCAUAUAUUUAAAAAAAUAUAUUGAACGUGAGCAUUAAAAAAAUAUUUCGUAAAAACAGGUGAAACAUUUCUCCAGCCCCUCUUACAGGUUUUUCACAAAUUCUUCUGAACUGUAGCAGUAUAAAUUGUGGGGUUUAUCGUACAGAUUCGUACAAAAUAAAUACUAAAUGAUUAGCGAAAACAUCAAAAAGUCGAUAGGAGAGGAGGGGCUGGAGAAACGUACGUAAAAUAUUGUUCCAAUCGAAAAAUGACAAGAUAUCAGUUUGAUUCCCUUAAAUAUAUAGCAACUGACAGUGAAUUUCAUAUUUUGAUUUCUAAAGCGGUUUUCAUAAUAAUUUGGAAAAACCAAAAUAGACGAAAAAUACGAUUUUUUUCAAAUUAUAGCGCAUCGAUUUUAUUAUUUAAAAUUUUAUGAUUAUAUUUGUCUACCUGAAAUCUUUGUCCAAAUUUUAAGAAUAACCAAUUUUUUGAAAUCAAGUUUCGUCUAGUUUGUGAUUAAGAAAUUCGUUUUAUUUUCCAUACUUGUAGUUUUCACAAAAUAUGUACAUUGGCCUUUUGUAGACAUGGUGCAAUUUUCAAAACAUUCUAGCUAUUUUUUAGCUAUUUAUAGGUAUUUGAUAUUUUUAUGUUUUUAAAUUAUUUAUUUUUAUUUAGUAGGUAUCAAGCUGUUAUUAAAAUUAUAUGACUCAAGAGAAAUAUUUAAAAAUUGUACUUCGUGGUAUGAAAAAACUUUAAGUUUAAUGCUUUAAUUUUUUUUUCAUAAGCGUUUUAAGAUUAAAUUUUGACGAAAAUCGUAAAAAUUACUGCAUUUUAAAAUAUGUCUUAGCGAAUAGUUUAACCGAAUAGUUUUUCGCUAACAAUAGUUUAUUAUUGUACUUAGCAGUGCUGGCCUUAGGGGGGGGGGAAGUGAUGCGGACGCACCAGGCCCCGGAAUAUUACUUUAUCUAUAAAUAAUCAUAAUAAUAUUGCCCCAAUAGUAGAUAUGCAAAAUUGCGAAUUGCAAAUUGCCCAUUUGGCCAUGUGGUUAUUCAAAUUUCUAACAAGACCUUAAAGUUUAUAAAAUUAUAUGAAAAUAAAGUAAAUCCAUUAGUAAAUAAAAUAAAUAUAUAAUUAAAUGUAUAGGGGCCUCGCAAAAUUCUUUACCGGGCCCUGAAAUCUAUAGGGACCGGCACUGUGCACAGAUAUAAACUAAAUAACUUUAUGGAUUCUACCUUAGGCCUAUGUAGCCUUUCCUACUUAUCUUAAAUUUAUUACAAAAAUGUCGAAAAAAGUUUGUAUAAUUACGUUCUUAGAUAUAAUAUACGAAUGUCCAAUAAAAGUUUAAUCCGCUUGAUACACAAAUUCCGAAAUGUGAACACAUUGACAAAGAAAACUAUUAUAGACCGUAAUGAAAACUAUAGUUAUUAAAGAAAAUAAAUAAUGCCUAUUUCCUAUCUAAUUAUUUUACCAUAUUAUGACACAUUAUAUUGUUGACAAAGCAUCACUAUCAACUGAACUCCGUUCAGAAUCGUUUUUAGUAAGAUGGUUUAUCGUUGCUUACAGAUACAAAUUAAUUUCCCCUCUAAAUUGUACCUUUCCAUCUUCUCACCAAUAACAGUGGAUGCACUCAUCGUGUGAAAUAUGUCCGUCUUUUUUUUGCUACGAUUUUUAAAAAAAUUAUUUUCAAGACAAUAGAGAAUCCCUUUUAUUACCCUCACUAUUAACCAAUGCGAUCUAUCUAUAUCAAAUGAUUCUAUUUAUGAGUUAUUAUUUUUUCAAUAUAUAUAUUUGUAUGUAUAUGCAUUUUUCUUGUUUUGUGAAACAAAAUUAGAUUUAAAAUAAUAUAAUAUUGGUUGUAUUAUGACGAGACUAACACAGUUCGACAGUAUUUUACAUAGGUAAUAUUAUUUUAAAUUUUUUAUUUCAAAAAUUAUUAAGACAUUUUUUUGAAGAAAUAUUCUUCAAUUUACUAAACAAAUUCCCAAAAUCAAAAUACAUAAAUUGUUUGGUUUAAUUUAUAAAAUUAUAUCUGUACGACGCUCGACGGUAAAUCUUUGUUUUCGAAAAAUAAUUUUGAACGAAGUUCGGUUCAAAAUGUUUUGAAAAACCGUGAUUUUUUGGACUAAUUUAAAAGAUUUAUAUAAUGCUACUAUAUGUUCAGAAAAAAUUGUACACUUAACAGAUAAAAAAAAAAAUUAAUCAUAUCCACAGUAAACCAAUACAUUCCUCGCUUUUCUUAGAAUCUAAACUACAUCCUCUCAAUGUAUGACAUGUUUGUACAUUUUUGCUUUAUGUGUUAUUAUUGUGUUGUUUGCUUAUCAGUAUUAUGGGUCUUAAUCAGGAAAAUUACUAUUUGUAUUAAAUACCAAUUAAAAAAAUCAUAUAAAUAUAGAACUAUAAUAAUUAGUAGUAUUAUUUAUUCAUAAAAUAUAUAGUCGAAAAUAAUACUGUUCUAAUAUUAUGCAUAUUUCAUUCUUAUAACAAAUCAUAUACACAAAUAAUGAUUACAAAUUUAAACACUUACUGUUUUCUAUUGGUUUUACCAUAUUGUGCUUAUUCUUUGUGUGUAUAUAUUGUAUUACAAUAUAGUUUUUUGUAAAAAUUGUCUAUACCAGAAAACUCGCUCAAAUUUUCAAAUGUAGCAUCUCUGAAAACAAAUUUUAACUGGUUGGUGAGUUAAAGAUUGAUAUUUUUCGAUUUUCUUCAUAGUUUACGGGCGGCAGCUGCAUCGCCGCCGUCCGCCGCCACCGACCCAUGCCAUGGGAUCCUGGUACACAGCUCGCGGUUUCGGCGACGUCGUCAUCGCAGGCUCCUCCCCCGCGGCGUGGCCAACGUCGCUGUCAAAGGUUGGCCGCCCCUUGUCGGCAUAAUAAUAACAAUAAUAAUAAUAACAACAAUACAUUUUAGACCAGCGUGAUUAAAUCACCAGUAAAAUAACUAAUAAGUACUUACGCAUUGUGUACACAAUAUUAUGUUAUUAUGUAUAAAUAAAUAAUAUACCGAACAAAAGAAAUAUUAUAAAUAUAAACAAAAUGAGACAUUGAAUUUCUAAAAUAAAUAUUUUUUUUUGGAGACACAUGAUUCUACUUCAAGAAGUGAAUCGACUUGAAGAAUUAUUUGAGAAUGUCAGUAUAAAAUCGUAAUUAUUAUCUAUUAGGUCGAUAAAUAAUAAGAGCAAUGGUUCUAUAUGACGGUAGUGACAGACCCGACGGAUUUAAUUUGACGUAACUACUUAACAGGCCUAAUCCAGCGAGCGGAUUUCGUACUUGAUCAAAGCCGUAAAAAACGGCGUGGCGACGACAACAGUAUUUUUUAUCCGCCAGUAACAGGGCAUUAUGAUAUUUUCGUCAGUCAUAUCGUACCUACCUAUCUGUUCAUUCGUAUUAUAAUAUAUUAGUAGGUAGGUAUUAUAUUAUUAUUGUUACCUGUUAUUAUUUAGAUUCCGAGUAUGGCGAGUAGCUUACUGCUUUUACGGGUGCGACCCGUUUCGCCUAAAUACAUUUUAGUUGUUUUAAAAUUGUGUUGCCAAUCAUUUUUGAACCAUAGUUAAAACAUAUAGAAAAUAAUUUAAAAAUAGAUAUCAUAAAUUAUCAUAUUAUAAUUUUAUAAAAAUUUAUAAGGUUAAAAUUUCUCCAAAACAAUGAAAAAGUAUACUUUAUUACUUUCAUUUACGAAAUAAAUCUGAUAUAGAUCUGGUGAAAUAACUAGGUAUGAGUUUGUAAAAAGUGUAAGUAGAAAUGUAAAUAAUUAUUUUGUAACAAAUAAUGUUUUGUAUUUUAUUAUGACUUAUUAAACAAUUUUCUAUGUGUUUCAACUACAAUUAAAAAAUGAUUGGCAAAUUAAUUUUAAAACCACUAAAACGUGUUUGGGCAAAACGGGUAUUUGAGUAAACUGUAAAGGUCGAAUUUGGGUAAACGGGUCCCGCCCGCUUUUGUAUGUUUUAAAUAUUCUGGGUGCAAUGAAACGUAUAGAUUUUACUAUGUUCUUUGUUUUUGUUGUAAUUCGUUAACAAAUAUUCUUGAUACUAUAAAUCAUGCUUCGUUUUUCAAGUGUAGCAUCUUUUCUGAAUGCAAAUUUAGUCUAAUUAGUGCAAUCCGAAAGAAAUUUUUUAAUUUUUCUUGCAGUUUUCCGAAUAAUUAGGGAAAACGUAUAGGAAAAACAGACAAAUUUACAUACACGAACAAUAACGGUUUCAUUAUUUUCGAUUUUUUUUUUUUUUUUAUUCAAUGUAUAUCUUUUUAUUAUAUAUCUAGGAUUGCCACCACUCCGGUUUUACAUAUAAAUCUACGGGCUACGGGUUCAGUGAAUUAUCCUCCGGAUCGUCGUAAAAUUAGUAAUAUUUAUAUAAUUAUUAAUAAGCAACGAUAACAAUGAUUUUCAUACGCCAAAGGAUAGGAUUAAAUACGAUUUAUUGACUUGUACAUUAAAUUUAUGGGCUUUUUUUGCUUAUCCGCCCAUCUUUCAAAGGUUACAACCAUAUAUAUAUAUAUAUAUAUAUAAUAUAAUUACUGUUAUAAUGUUUGUUGAAUCGUGCAUGUUGUAUGUUAUGGGUAGCGGGACCAAAAUAUACUCCGGAGAGUAUCGGCUUCAGUUAAAUCAUCCAUUGUUUUUGGUACAAACAUAAUUAGGUAGGUAUAUUGAUAUUUAUCCUCAAAAAUAAUAAACAAUACUUUUGAAAAAAAUUCAGAGGGUAAACAACCGACCCCUUCUCAUAUACAACCUAAAAUAUGGGUACCUAAUAUCCAUAUCGAUACGAUAAUAAACGAUUUUAACCGUAACGAACACAUUGUCAUUCUUAUUAUACUGGAGAUUCAUUUAGUUGUCUAUAUAAUAUAUCGACGCAACAAUAAAUAAUUUCAACAGAAACAGUCGUAUUAUAUAAAUAUUUCUGUUAUCGUUUAUUUAUUGUAGCCAGAUGUGAUGCAUUAUUAGUUUUAUUGAGAGCACGAGUUUUAUCACGGAUUAUCAGCUUACACAAUACACGUGAGUAUUAGGAUUUCAACAGAAAAUCUUCUUAGGAAAAAAACAGUGUCGUAUCAAAUUUCGUUAUAAUACCAAUAACCCAAUGUCAUCUCCCUCCUUUAGAGCUUGAAUACGAGGAAAUAAAAGUAGUUUAUAUGCAGGGCCGGUAUUUAUAUUAAAAAGGAGAUGUACACAUAAUAAUUUUUAGCUGAUAACCUUUUUUUAGAUUAUGAGUGUAGUGACGAAUAAUAUGGUUUUAGUAUUUUACAAAGAUGUUUAUUUUUUUUUUUUGAUUUUUAUAAUAUUAUUAGACAAACAUUUCUAUCAGAAAUCCUGCUCCGAUAUAUUAUAUGUGUGGCACUUUUUCUGAAAGGAAAUAUUGUCUAGAUAAUACUCAAAGGAGGUCAUUUUUAUAAUUUUUCUGAGCGAUUUUCAUAAUAUCUGGGAAAAACUGGAAUGAAGCGUAAGAAAAAAUAAGAUGCUAUUAUUAGUUUCAAUUUCGUUAUUUAUUGUAAUUCAGUUUAAAAUAUUCGUAGAGACUUGAAAUUUGAACACAAAACUUGUAUUUGCCUUUUCUUGACGUAAUAAAAUUUUCAAAACAAUUUUAGUCAUUUUUGAGUUAUUUAUAGAUAUUUUAAUUUUGCGCGUUUUGAACGUAAUUUUUUCUCUGUGGUAAAACUUAGAAUAAAAAGAAAUUAUUAGACAUUUAACAGGAGGUUCAUUAAAAGUCAUACUUUGUGGUAAAAAAAAAUUGAGCUUAAUGUAGUAUUUUUUUUUCUUAAAGGAAUUUUAAUAUCAAAUUUUGGCGAAAAUCGUUAAAGUAAAAAAUUAUGUGACACAAAUCUAUAGUUACUGAUCCAUACAAAUUGUUUCAAUAUGUAUUUAUUUUUCUUGAAUAUCAUACAUAUAUGGCAUAUUGAUGAAAAAGCAAUACUAUUAACUGAACUCCGCUCAGAAUCGUUUUUCAUUAGUAAUAAUUUAUCUUUGCUUACAUCAUUAAAUUCCUCUCUAUAUCCUACCUACCGAAUCUCAACUUCUCAUCUACAACAGUUAUCCACCAGAGUUCGACAGGGCGAAGUAUGUCCGUCUAAUAAAAUUCAAAUGAUUUAAUUUAUAUUCCUGUAAAUGUAAAAUAAAUUAAUUUUCCGACUUAUCAGCAUUUUUUUUAUAGUUGCGGACUAACAAUUAACCCCUCUUCCCCCUGAAAUUUUUUCCUUCACUAUAUUUUUUAAAUCAAGUUUUGCAUUCAAAGACAUAAUAACUUAUACCAUGAAUAAAAUGCACAGAAUAAAAAAAAAUUGAAUUUCAUAGAAAAAUCAUUUAAGUAUUCAGUAAUAAUAGUGAUAGUAUUGAACUUAAUAAUAUGUGCUAUCCUCUCUCUAGGAAAUUAUUAUAAACAAAAUCUCUUCUGAAAAAAAAAUCCUACGUGCACUACUGUACACUAAUUAGUUCAGAACAUUUAAUCGAAAAAUUAUAUUGGAACAAUAUUAUUAUGUACAUUAUAUUAAAUUAGUCAAUAGCCAUUAAUCAUUGUGUACUGUCACGCGCUUUUACCUUUUCAUAAGGAAAAAAACAACAUGUUUGCAUGCUCACCCGAAGAAAAAAUAAAACAAAAAGAAAUUUACAAUUUUUCAUGCAAGUAAUUAUUUUAAAUUAUCAGAAAUAUUUUAUCUAUUAUUAUAUGUAAUUAUUUUAAUUAUACAUUAGUUAUGCGCACAUAAUAUGUAAAAUAAACAUAUAACUCGAGUUGAAUAUUUAUAUUUUUGUACAUAACAACAAAUUAGAAAUUAUCGCAUUUUUUAAAUGAGUCAACAAUAUAAAAGAAAAAAUAGUUCAUCAUCCAGUCCAAAAUUUGCUGCAAUCAGUACAAGUAUUUAGGAAUUUUCAGUAGGAGAGGAUGUAAUAAAUACUUAAUAAUCAUGAUUCGUAGUUAAUUCGUAGAAUACCGUACAUAUACCGUUGUACGGUAUAAGUGUACAAUCUAUCCCAGGGGUCGGCAGCCUUUUUUGACGGAAGAGCCAAAAGUUACAAUAUACAAAAUUUUCCAGAUUUUAAAGAUAGAUAUUUUGGGAUAGAUUCUAUCCCAAUAAUAAAAAUUUAAAAGCCGAAUCCAAAAAAGCAGUAAUGUAGUCCUAAAAAAGUCUUAAGUAUAUGCCAAUUGUAAGUAAAAGGAGUGGUUGGGGUUAAUUCUCACUUUCCACCCCCAAAAAUUUAUUUUUUUUAAAUUCAAAAAGUUUAAAUUUAUAUUAAUUUCUGUAAUUUUAAUAGUAUACUAAAUCGUAUAUCUUUAAAUAUUACAAUUUCAAGUAAUAUUACGCAUAAUAUAAUUAUAAGUACCUAAUAUUAUGUAUAGGUAGGUAACAUUUUCUAUAGGUAAUGAAAUACCAAUCGUUUACAUUAGAGGCUACUCUUUCUUGACUUUUUCGUAAUGCACACUACAUAUUAUACCAUUUUAUAUCGUAGGUACUAUCCCCCCCCCCCCGAAAUGGAAUUUCAGUUUUUGAUGAGGGUUGAGAAGGCGGAAUUUUUGAUCAGCACAUUAAUGAAAAAAUAAUCUCUUAAAAAUUAAUAGAAGAACAAUAAUAGCUCAUUUUUUUUUCCUAAAUUAAUAUAGUGUACCUAAUAAACCUAAUAAUAUACCUUAAAGAUGUUAUUUUAGAUUUUCUCAUCGGGACUAAAUCAAUGUAUUAUUUGUUUUCUUUUUUUUUUUUUUAUAAAUUAACUUGAAACAAUAUUUUUAAAAUUACAUAACUGAUACAAUCUAUCAUCAUCAUGAAUAUAAUAAACAUUAAUUACACACAUAAAUAUUUGAUCAGUUUUGAUUCUUUAUUUAAUAAUGUAUUACCUAUGAAUUAAACAUCAAUAAUAUAGUAACUUUUAUCUAUUCUGUGCCUUUAUCCUAUUUGAAGACUUGAAGUAAUAUGUGAUAACUGUCAAUGUUUUACGAGUAAACUUGUUGUUAUUUAAAACUUUAAUAAAGAUACAUUUUAAAUUUUUUUUUUCUCUAAUAAUAAUUAUUAAAAGUGUAAAAAGAUGUAAAAAUAAAAUCGAACACAAAUAAAUAUCAACAUUUUUAUUACACAUUUACUACACAUUUUUUAAUGUUGUAUACUGCAGACCUAACAUUUCGUAUUACACAAAGUGUGUAGUAAUAUACACAAUUUUAGUCCCUGGUUUAUAUUAAAACUUUCAAGUUGAACUCACUUUACGGAUUAUGGUCAAUUAAUGACCAUAAUGACCAUUGGACAUAAACAUCAUAAAGUCAAUGAAGGUAGAAACAGUAUUAUUCUUCCGUGAGACAGAUUUUAGUACACUAUAGGUAAAUAAUAAUAAGUGUACCACGAAGAGAUGAACCGACUUGAACCGCAAAAAUAUUAGAUUAUUUCAUUAUCUAUUAUUGAUUACACCAAUUUAGGUUGGUUGAGUGUUAUAAAAUAGAUACAGAAUACAUAGUUUUUAGAGUAUUUAUAGUAUUUAAAUUUUUUUGCCCAUAACAAAAAACAUAACAAUUCUAACAAUUUUGUUUAAAAUGUUUAAAAUUAUAGUUCUAACUCAGUAAUUCAGUAUCAGGUUUCGGGAAAAAUUACGGCACUACACUCGUUCACUAGCUUAGUUACCGCACGACUAUUAGUUCUCCAUAGUCUUAUUGAGUUUUAUUAUCUAAGUUGAAACAAAACGUUCUUACCCCACGGAUCAGUUUAUCCACCUAUAGUAUCUGAUAUAUACCUAAAGCCAGCGGACGCACUCGGACAAUUCAAAAUAAUUUGUCGACAAGACCGCGGACGCUCUCGAGCAAUGAAAAAAGCUCGAAUUAAAAACGGGAUGCACUCGGGAUAUCGGCAUAUGUAUACAAUAAGUAUACGUAUCAACCAACAAAUUGAGAAGUUGCUAUACGCCGUAUACCGAGAAAGCAGUGUUCAAUGAAUCAAUGUUUUAUUUCCUGAUAAUUUAUUGGCUAAAAUAUAUGACUUCAAUGAAAUUACUAAAUAAACAUUAUUAUUGGUAGUUUAUUUUAUAGUUGUUGUGCUUUUAAGCAAAUGGGGUGUAGGAAAUAUAACCUCUAAAAUCCACCCCUGCGCAUGUCGCUGGACGACUGUUAUAUUAAGAAGGAAAAUUGUGAUUUUUUUUUUUUGAAAUAAUGAAAAGAUAAAAAAGUGAUGCCCGCGAAGAAAUAAUACGGGGCGCUGGGUUUUCUUCUGCCGCGGGGACCAAAACAACGGAAGGUUUUUAAAAGUUUCGGUCAAAAACGCGGAAUUGUCAAAUUGUUUAAUAGACUUUUUUUUUUAUGUCGUAGAGAAAAAUAUAAAAAGCGCGCAAUAGUAUUGCACCAGUGUCGCACGUGGUGCGGUAUACACCACACCGAGAUUAUCGCAAUUUCGCAUCACCACUCCGUCGCAAUGUUUUUACUCGCGUCAGCCGAUCAGUUGUAGUCGGGCUGUCACAUACUUUGUUUACAUGGUGCGUCACGUUUUGUUUUCCUUUUUUUCCGUGUACUGAAUAGCCGCCUAUACGCUAUUGUAUACAUCACAAUUGUUGUACAAUUACAAUUAUCGCUACAGUAGUGUCAAAUCUGGUAAACUAUUUUUAUUAUAUUACUAUACAUAGAUUUAAAAAAAAAAAUAAUACACUAAUUAAUAAUAUUACUGUCGUAAAAUAUAAGACGGUAUAUGCGAUUACUCGCGAUAUUUUUUUCAACUUAGAAAUAUUAUGCACGCUAUAAAAAGCAAGUAUUAAGCAAAACCUCUAUUCAAAAGACAAUUAACAUUAUAAUAUAUAUGAGAUAUCAAAAAUACAUACAUACAAAAUUCUUCAAAUGUGAAAGUUUAGACGCGACCGUAAAAAAUUGUUUUAUGAAAAGUAUUUUUUUUUCACUAAAAACCUAACGUUAAGGCCGGUCUACACGCAACGACUCAUUGUAGUACGUUUAUCGAACACGGCAAAUCGUAUCAAGUAAAACGGAGCAUGUACCUAUGUAUCAAAUCGUUCGUCUUAUCGAAUCGGAAUGAAAUCCAAGAUUGGAUCGAAAGACUGAUUGGGGCGGAUUCAUUUUCCGCGAAAAUGAACGACAAGUCGUUACAUGUAAAUACAGGUUCGGUGCAUAUUGUACAAUUUUUCGUCCGUUUUUGGUUUUUAGUUUUUAGUUCUCUCCUAGACCAUAUAGUUUCAACACUUUAAUUUAACCUAAUUUCGUUUUUUUUUUUUUAACAUUACCAUAUUAGCUUUUCUCAUACAAUUAGUGCCAUCUUUCUUUAUGUAUGACGUUACCAGUCCAACAAUCGAUUGUAAAUCGAUACGCAAAUAAUUGCGCCAGUGGUUAUUAAUAAUAGAUUCGAUACUCAAUUCUUUCAGUAAAUUGACAUGGGAGUACUGACUUCUUUUUCAUUUUCUUGACCAAUUUCUUCUAUUUACCUUUUUUUUCGCCCCAUAAGCUGUACUAAAGAUAUUAUGAUGAAAACCACAACAAUGCUUUUUCCAUACCGUCAAAACUCACUAACAUUACACUCAACUGAAGAGAAAUACAGUUGCAAAUGAGACGGAAAACUAAGUAAUAAAUGGAAAAUGUAGACACACUAUAAAAUGUACGUUAUUUUGUCAGUUUUUAAUGUCCUAUACGUACAAUAAGUCGUUCAGUGGCCUUUAAAAAUCAUUUCGAACGUUUCUUAUCGCAUAUGGUCUUCGCACCGUUAAAAAAAGUAUGUGAACUGUGAUUCGACGUAUUUUAAUGACAAAUCAAUAAAAAUAAAAUUUUCGUAAACACUGAAAUAUUAUACUAUAAUAUUAUUAAGUAUUGUAGUUUUACUAUUUUACUAUGGGUUUAAUUCAAUUAUUUUUUAAACAAGUUCUCGUAAAAAAAAUUGCUUUACUAGGUUUCUAAUAUGUCUAUUGUUACAAAACAUCUAUAGGAAUGUUAAUUUUUUCCAGAUAAAGCCUAUAAUACUAAUCAGAAGUCGAUAUCAUGACUUAUAGAGUAGCAGACAACAGGACUUACAGUUCAAUUUCGGAAAAUAAUCAUCGGUUCAAAAUAGUUUUGCUGGGCGAAUCAGAAGUCGGAAAAUCUAGCUUGGUGGAUAGAUUUGUGAAAAACCAAUUUCAUGAAUUUCCACAAAAUACUAUAGGUGGUAUGUACACCUAAUAGUUAACAAUUUAUUUUCGGUAUCAAAACACCUAUUAUGUAUAGAUAGGUACCCACUUUUAUCAGUGGCGUGCGCAGAGGGAUCGUAAUAUGGGUUACCUAUAUCCCUUCCAUUAGAUUCAAAAUACAUAAAGUAUAAUAGUACCCAGGUAUUUAAAUGUUUAGUAAUUUUAUCAUGAAAUUAUUUUUAUAUUUUAGUCAAGUUACAAGGAGAAAACUUGACCGCUAGUCUCCAAAUAAUAUUUUUGAAGGGUCCCAUUAUUAAUCUAGACAUUUUUCGUGGUCCAUCCAAAUUCAAAGUUCAUAUUUUAAACAUAUCAUAUUAUUUUAAAAUUGAAAGAAAUGAAAACAUAAUUUAAUAUUACAAAUAUUAGAUUUAGAUAUUAUUAUUACACAUUAUUUUAUAAAACAAUGAAAAAAUAAUUCUAUCAUAAUUACAGUCUAAAUAGAACAUUUUUUAGUGGGCAAAUUGAUAAAUCUUACUCCCAACUAAAGUUUUGAAAUUUGGAGAAUGAUUAGUGCACGCUAUCUUCCAUAUAAUUUCCAAAUGUUAGCGAUCCGGAAUCUAAACUUAUUCAAUAAUCAAUAAUAAUUUCAGCGUCAGAUAUUUCAUUUCAGAUACAUAGUUUUUUUUUAAAAUCAAUUUCAGUUUUUUAAAACGGUGUUUAUAUAUUUACGUCGUAGGUAUUAUCGAUUUUUUAUUUUUUCCUCUCCUUGUCUGCGGGCCGUUAUUCAGUGACCCCUGCAGAGUGCAGGGUUAUAUUAUUAAUAACGUAGAAUUCUACGAUUAAUUCAGGGACCAUGACAAGAGUGCCCGCAGAAAUAUAAACCGGGGGAGGGGGCAAAGUCAAAAUUAUAAGACUUUUCUAUAACUUAAAACUUAUAAGUAAUCAUGGCUUAAAUAUUUACGUGCGAGUAAUAAAAUAAUUAAUAUUUAAUGUGAACUAAAAUAGCGGAGGUGCCAUGGCCCCGACCGACACCUCCCUGUGGACGCUCUUGGACCAUAGUUAUUAUUUACUACAUCCCCUCCUGUUAAAAAUUAAUGGGCACGCCACUGUACCUAUAUAAUAUUAUAUUAUAUUAAAAAUACGGUUCUCAUUUUAUUAUCGUAAUAGAAACGAUUGUAUUUCUUAGCAGCGUAUUUUACGAAAACGGUUCUAAUAAAUGAUUUAACCGUACAAUUAGAAAUUUGGGACACGGCCGGUCAAGAACGUUAUCAUGUUUUAGCGCCAAUGUAUUAUAGGCGUACUCAGGCGGCGAUUAUAGUUUACGAUAUAACUGAUCAUGUAAUAAUGUUAAUUUAUCCAUACACUAAUACAUGUUUGAGAAUAUUUUAUACCUACCUACAAUUUUUUUUUUUCCCAAAGGUUACAUUUGAAAAAGCUAAAAAAUGGAUCAAAGAACUCCAAAACCAGGUUCCUAGUACUCUAACGAUGUUGGUGGGGAACAAAUUAGAUUUAAAUAUCUGUAGAAGCGUAGAGUUUGACGAAUUGCAAAAGUUCGCGGACGAAAAUAACCUAUUGUUUAUGGAGACCUCGGCAAAACACAGUGUUAAUGUUACAGAUGUUUUUAAAACAAUCGGUAUGUAAUGAAAACAAAAAAAAAAACUAAUUUUAUUUUUACAUGGUGUAAUUCAAUUAUCUAAUAUUGAUUUAGCUCGAAAACUUUCUAAAAUCGAAACGGCGAACGCAGAUGACGGACGAAGUCAGCAUCUGCUAGUUGGUUCCGAAAACGAUGACAAAAGGAAUUGUUGUAUGUGA